GCAAUAUACUGUUAAAAAAAACUGUAAGACAUGUGCACUUCUGUAGAGACUAAAAAAACUGUUAAAAAAAACUUGCGGGACCCACCCUCAUGUUUGAAUUUCUCUGUCACUGUUUUAUUUAUGUCAAGUAAGUUUGUUUGUGACAGAUCUAAGCACUCAGGUCAACACUAAGUGGCCGUGAGUAUGCAACCCGACUCCUUUUCUUUCUCUCUAUAAACCCCUCCGCUCUCUUAUCUUCCCUUUCUUGGUUUAUACCAAACACAAGCUAAAACAUUGAAAAAGUGGUGAUAACUAAUUGCAAAUGCUAUAUGAAACAUGUCUACCUCUCACAAAAAGUAUGACGUAUUCAUUAGCUUUAGGGGAGAGGACACACGGACAAACUUCACUGCCCAGCUUCAUCAAGCUCUUACCUAUAGAAACAUCGAAGCAUACAUUGAUUAUAAUCUUAUAAAGGGACAUGAGGUUGGACCUGCUCUUGCCAAAGCAAUCCAGGACUCACAUCUGUCUAUUGUAGUUUUCUCACAAAACUAUGCAACCUCAAAGUGGUGCUUGGAUGAACUCCUCCAUAUACUCCACUGCAGAGAACUUCAUGGACAGGUAGUUAUACCUGUGUUCUGUGAUGUAGAUCCAUCACAUGUACGUCAUCAGAAAGAGAGUUAUCAGAUAGCCUUCGCAAAAUACCAGAGAGAAUUCGCCAAAAACAGGAAAUCCCAUCUAGACAAAGUGUCUGAGUGGAGAGCUGCUCUCACUUUAGCCGCGGAUAUAUCUGGAUGGGACUCUCGUAAAUACAGGGAUUAUUCUCAAGUCAUAGACAAUGUUGUGGAAGACGUUUUGCAGAAGCUGUCUCUCAUGUAUCCUAAUGAACUGAAAAACCUUGUUAAAGUUGAUGAAGACAAUGAACGUAUUGAAUUAUUACUGAAAACAAUACCAAGAAUCGGAAUUUGGGGCAUGAGUGGAAUAGGAAAGACAACCAUAGCCAUACAGAUGUUUGCCAAGAACUUUGCCCAUUAUGAUAAUGUAUGUUUCUUGGAAAAGAUAAGCGAAGAAUCAGAAAAGUUUGGACAAAUGUAUGUUCGUAAUAAGCUUCUUAGUAAGCUACUGAAGCGAGAGAUUACUGCAUCGGAUGUUCAUGGACAACACACAUUCAUCAAGAGGAGGCUCGGCGGUAAAAAAAGUUUCAUUGUACUUGAUGAUGUCGAUAAUGCUACACAAUUAGAUGAUUUGUGUGGAAUACUUGAUGACCUUGGACCUAACAGUAGACUCAUUAUCACAACGAGAGACAGACAUAUGCUUAGUGGAAGAGUUGAUGAGAUAUAUGAGGUCACACCAUGGAAGCUUAAAGACUCUCUAAAGCUUUUUAGCUUAGGAGCCUUCAAGCAAAGCCAUCCUAGAGAGGGUUACGAGCAUAUCUCGGAAAGGGCGGUUCAAUAUGCAGGAGGUGUUCCGUUAGCUUUAAAAGUUUUGGGUUUACAUUUUGAUUCCAAGAAACCAAAAUUUUGGGAAUCUGAGUUGAAUGAUUACGAGACCAAUGGAGAAGCCUUCCCCGAUAUUCAGAAAGUGCUAAAGCUAAGCUACAAUGGAUUAUCAUGGCGAGAGAAGGAAAUGUUUCUAGACAUUGCAUUCUUUUUCAAAGAUGAAGACAAAGAUUUCGUCACAAGGAUACUAAAUGCCUUUGGUUUCAAUGCAACUAGUGGAGUAGAAAUUCUAGAAGAUAAAGCUCUUAUAUCCAUUUCAAACAGCAAUAGGAUACAGAUUCAUGGCUUACUACAAAAGAUGGCCUUUGAUAUAGUUCGACAAGAACAUAAUAAAGACCCAGGAAAGCGCAGCCGACUGAGGGAUGCUAAAGAUAUCUGUGAUGUACUUGGAAAAAACAAGGGGAGUGAUGCAGUGGAAGGAAUAAUUUUUGAUUUGUCUCAAAAACUAGAUUUAAAUGUUCAAGCUGAGACAUUCAACUUGAUGACUAAAUUAAGAUUUCUUAAAUUCCACGUUCCCUCGGGUAAGAAGAAAUUGGGCACGGUGCAUCUUCCUAAAAAUAUUAUGCCGUUUUUUGACAAAUUGACAUACCUUGAGUGGAACGGGUAUCCCUUGAAGUCUCUCCCACAACCUUUUCGUGCUGACCAGUUGAUUCAGAUUUGUUUGCCAAACAGCAACAUUGAACAUCUUUGGUUCGGGAUGCAGGAACUUGUGAAUUUAGAGGCAGUCGACCUAAGUGAGUGCAAAGAGUUGAUCGACCUUCCUGAUUUGUCGAGGGCAUUAAAAUUAAAACAGUUGCGCCUUUCUGGCUGUGAAAAUUUAAGUGAAGUUCAGGCUUCUUCUUUUUCUAAGGACACACUUGAUACUUUGCUACUGGAUAGGUGCACAAAAUUGCAAAGUCUUAUGGGUGAGAAGCAUUUAACAUCUCUAGCAAAUUUCAGUGUCAAAGGCUGCUUAAGUCUGAAGGAGUUUUCGUUGUCUUCAGAUUCAAUAAGAAGGUUGGAUUUAAGCAAUACAGGAAUCGAAAUAUUGCACCCAUCAAUCGGUGGUAUGAACAAGCUUUAUUCGUUGAAUCUAGAAGGUUUAAAUCUAACAAAUCUACCGAUUGAAUUGUCUCGCUUGAGAUCACUUACUGAACUUCGGGUUUCAAAGUGUAGUGUAGUAACUAAAUCAAAGUUAAAAGCCCUUUUUGAUGGUCUGGGCUCAUUAACAUUAUUACACUUGAAAGACUGUUGUAACUUGUUUGAACUCCCUGCAAACAUUAGUUCCUUGUCAUCAUUGCAUGAAUUGAAACUAGAUGGAAGCAGUGUGGAAGGGUUGCCUGCUAGCAUCAUGUACCUCUCAGAGCUAGAAGUACAGUCUUUAGACAAUUGCAGUAAGCUUCGAUGUCUGCCAGAACUUCCUUCAAGCAUCAAAGAGUUUCAAGCCGACAACUGCACCUCGUUAAUGACAGUAUCCACUUUGAAGACUUUUUCAAUAAACAUGAUUGGACAGAAAAAAUACAUUUCAUUUCAGAAUAGUAUUAAGAUGGAAUUUGAUGGACCCUCCCUUGCCCGCAUUACGGAAGAUGCCAUGUUUACAAUGAAAAGUGCUGCCUUUCACAAUGUAUUAGUGAGAGUGUACCGAUACCAAACCCACAGCUACAAUUAUAACAGCGCCGGGGUUUGUCUGCCAGGACACAGAGUUCCAAGUCAGUUCAAACACCGAUCAACCAAAUAUUCCUCCGUAACUAUCAACAUUUCCAACUCGGUGGGCUUCAUUUUCUCAGUUGUUGUUACUCCAUCUAAGAUAACACAACAUGAAUACUUUGUUGGAAUCCUAUGUCAAUGCUAUUCGGAAGAUGGAAGGAGGGAGGUGGGAUAUAAGUCUAGCUGGAAUCAUAAACCGGUUUCAAAUUUGAACAUGGAUCACGUUUUUGUAUGGUAUGAUCCAUACCAUUCUGACAGCAUACUUGGAAGGGAUGAACAAAAGCUUUCUUUUAAAUUCCACAUCACAACUUAUACAAGUAGCGGCAGAGAACUUGGCGGCCUUGUAAGUAUCAAAGAGUGUGGCGUUUGUCCAAUCUACUACUCAGAAAGUAAGAGGGUUUUAGGCACAGGGAAUUUAGACAAGGGCUUAGAAUUAGAGUUGUAUCAGGAAAUUGAAUUUGAGAGAUUAGGUGAAGGCUAUGAUGAGGGAGAAGGCAUUGACAUUGAAUCAAAUGAAAUAGGUGAUGACAAGGAAGGCAUUUACAUACAGAACCAAAAGUUGGACUUGAAUGAAAAUUGUUACCGUCCAUAUGACUGUUUAAUUGUCUCUAAAGAUGUUCAGGCACAUGACAAUCCUCAAGAAAAAGAAAAUUUGAAAGAUGAUGAUAAUUCCAAAGAAACGAUGAAAUCUGAGAUUCUUCAUAACAGUACUUCUUUGAAGUCUGGAGAGGAAACUGAAACUUCUUCCAACAAACGAAAACAAUUUGAGAAGGAGGAAGAUUCUACAGGAGGAAGUUCUGAUGUAGAAUUGUCUAUCAAUAAAGUAAUUAAGGUAAUACCAGUUAAAGAUGUUCCCAACAAAUUAAAUCCAAAUUCCUCAAUGGCUGCUGAGAGUUCUUCAAGUAAGCCUUCUUCUUCAGAGGGGCCAUUAAGAAGAAUUGAAGAGGACUCUUCAAAAUUAAAGAAAUGCAGUACUUCGGAAUGUUCUCCUGUCGAUUAUUCUGAAUAUAAGAGAAUCCUUGAAGAAGACCCUCUGGAAAUCUUGGAGAAACUCUUAUCGGAUGAACUCGGUCGUUCUUCACAGGCUUCUCACUCUUCAACACAAGCAGAAGCUACUGAAAUUAGGAAAGAGUCGAUUGAGACGCUGCUUGAUGAAUUAAGGCAAUUGGCUUUUUCGAGGAACUUGCUGAAAAAUCUACCCAAUGAUGUGACCCUUGAAGAAGAGGUGAAAGCUUUACUACUUAAACUCAAUUUUAGAGCUAAUGAGCUUUCUGAGAAACAAAGUUCUGGUAUUGCUGAUUUCACCACAAUCUUUAAUGAGGCCACAGUCAAUAUUGACGAAGGAAAACGGAGCAAUGUUACUCUUCAACAACUUAAUGUGGACCAUAAAGAUUCAAUAUCAAAGCUUCAAGCAUCUAAAAUCAAGAUAAGGAAGUUCGAAGAGUCCAUCAUUGCUGGUGAGGAUAAGAUUAAGGCCAUGGAUAUUGAAAUUGAAGAUAUUAAAGCGCAGAUUUUUUUGCUCGAGGAAAAAGCGCGGAAGGUUCAACAAGAGAAGUCACAGUUAGAGGAUGCCUGCUGGAAAUGUAAAGAGAAGAGAAGUGAAAUUUUGGAAGAAGCUAAGUAUGUAGCAUCUAAGACCAUACAAACCCGCGAGAAGAUUGAUAAUGUCAAAAAAAAGAAGCUGGAGUUGGAUUCUAACUAUGAUGUGCUUGAAGGACAUUAUGCCAUAAUGAGACUAUCACCUCCUUUUUAGAAUUCACAUUAUUAUGCUUCUUAUUUCCUAUCUCUUUGAAUAAUUUAUGAAGAAUAAACAGUAAGAACAAUUUCAAAAAUAUAUGUUUGGUAAGGACAUGUUAUUUCAAUUUGCCUAGUGGUUGUGUUGUUUUAUGCAAACAUUCGGAUGCGGUUUCUUAGAUAUUUUGUCCAAACUAUUUCUUUUACUCU